UGCGCAUGCGUGUUCCUUUACCCCGGGGCCUUGCAGGGACCGUGACGUCACAGCAGCCUCCGCCCUCCGUCGCUUUGCUGCAUCACCCGCUCCUGCAGCCGCCACCGCCGCCGGGACAGGCCCCGGGACCCCCAGCCCACACGGGGACAUGGCCAAGGUGGAGCAGAUCCUUCAGCUGGAGCCCCAGCAAGAGCUCAAGUUUCAAGGACCCUUUACAGACGUUGUCACUACAAACCUGAAACUCGGGAACCCCACAGAUAAAAAUGUCUGUUUCAAAGUUAAGACCACAGCGCCUCGCCGGUACUGUGUGCGUCCAAACAGCGGAGUGAUUGAUGCCGGAUCCUCUAUCAUUGUGUCUGUGAUGCUACAGCCAUUCGACUAUGACCCUAAUGAGAAGAGCAAGCAUAAGUUCAUGGUGCAGUCCAUCAUAGCACCACCAGACACCUCAGAUAUGGAAGCUGUAUGGAAAGAUGCGAAGCCGGAUGAUCUCAUGGAUUCCAAGCUCCGGUGUGUGUUUGAGCUGCCGUCCGAGAAUGAGAAAGCUCACGAUGGCGAAAUAAACAAAGUUAUUUCUAGCAGCAGUAUAACAAAGACAGAGUCCUCGCUGUCUAAAUCAAUAAGUUCCAAUCUGGAUGAUUCAGAGUAUAAGAAAGUGGCGGAAGAAAACAAGAGGCUGCAGGCAGAAAUGCAGAGGCUACGGGAGGAGUACAAGCAGUUUAAGGAGGAAGACGGUUUGAGAAUGCGAAAGAUGCAGCCCACAAGUAGCCCCCACCGACCAGUUUCCGGCCUUGCAAAAGAAGAAGGCCUUAACACUCGGAUACUUGCACUGGUCAUCCUCUUCUUCAUCAUCGGUGUCAUAAUAGGGAAAGUGGCCUUGUAGACAAAGCAUGCGAAAAGAAACAAAGCAAGAAAUCAUACUGUCGAUGGUGUAGCCAUAUCAAGAAAUAAAUUUAUUCAUAACAAUGUCUGAGAGAUGGAGGAAAAGAAAAGCAAUGUAAAACAUUUCACAGCUCUUGCCUUUACCUUACUUCCCGCACAACUGUAACAUUUGCUUUUAGGGUCCGAUUAAUUAAUUAAUUAGAUAGUCCGAUUAAAUUAACAAGCGUCAUGAUUAACUCUU